AUGAGCGUCUCAGAAGCGAGUGAUGGGCCUGAGGAGUGGAGCGACUGGGAGGAGUCGGAGGAGGGACCUGUGAAGAGCUUGUUCUCGGACACCUGGCUGCCCACGGUGGAGGAGGUCAUCAAGCACGACUCAGAGGUCCACGGAUUCGACCUGAGCCUGUUCAGGAAGCAGGAGAAUCUGGAUACGUAUGGCACCCUGCAGCUCAUAAACUACAUCAGAGGUUGUGCGGGGGAGGGUGCCGAAGCAGUGCUUCCCACUCUGGCCACACGUCCCUGGGCAGACGACGCUUUCUUCCUGCCCACGCUGGCUGGCGAUGGAAUGCUGAGCCAUGACUGGGACGAGGAGGGUGCCUGGAGCGCUUCCCCUGCAGAAGCCAGCGGCUGCGGCGCCAACGCCUGCCAAGCCCAGGAAGAAAAUGCGGUGGCCAUGCGGGCGGCCGUGCUGGCCCUGCAGGCCGCACUCCUCGACGAGCCCUCCACCCCUGUGCCUUCCACGGCAGCUCAGGGGAAGACCCAAUCUGGUGGCCCCCCGGCCUCUGCCCGAGUCGAUGCGGCAUACUUCGAGUCCUACAGCUUCUUUGACAUCCAUCGCGACAUGCUGAGUGAUAAGGCCCGUACGGAAGCCUACCAGGCCGCGCUCGAGCAGAACCCACAGCUCAUGCAGGGCGCUCGCGUGCUGGACGUCGGUUGCGGAACGGGCAUCCUCUCCAUGUUUGCCGCCCGUGCAGGAGCCUCUAGGGUCGUAGGAGUGGAUGGGAGUUCUCGAAUUGCAGAGGUGGCCCGCCAGAAUGUGCUGGCCAACGGGCUGGGCGACCGGGUCAGCAUUGUUUCUGGCAGGGUUGAGGCCGUCGAGGAGCUGGAUGUCCCCGGCAGCAAGGUCGAUGUCCUCGUCAGCGAAUGGAUGGGCUAUGCCCUCCUGUUCGAGUCCAUGCUGGACUCGGUCCUGGCGGCCCGCGAUCGCUUCCUCGUCCCCGGCGGCGCCAUCCUGCCCGACCAGGCCUCGAUCUAUGUGGCCGGGGGCGGUCCGGCGGCCGGAGGGCUUUCCUUCUGGGACGAAGUCUAUGGCUUCAGCAUGGCCCCGGUGAAGGGGACGCUGCAGGCUGCAGCCGAGAGGGAGGCGCUAGUGAGGCUGGUGAGGGCAGAGGACCUGGUGACUGAGCCUCAGAACCUGCACACCUUUGACCUGGCGACCAUGUCGUGCGCGGAUCAGGACUUCAGCGCCACCUUCCAGCUGCGUCCCCGACCUGGGUCCGCGGGAGCCUGCCACGCCAUCGUCGUGUGGUUUGACACCGCCUUCUCCUUGCGCUUCUGCAAGGACCGACCUGUAGUGCUGGACACCUCCCCCACCGGGCAGCCGACGCACUGGGCCCAGACCAUCCUGGUGCUCAGGGAAGCGCUGGUGCUGGACGCUGCCACCGGUCAGAGCGUGUGCGGCCGGCUCAGCUUCAAUCGCAACAAGGCCAAGCACAGGAGCCUGGACAUCACGCUGCAGGUGGCGGCCAUGCGGGUGGGGCAAGAAAGCACAGAGGACGUGCUGGCAUCGUCGGCUGCCCAGGCCCAGCUCUUCACCAUGGGCGUGAGCUCCGGGGACUGA